GUUCCCAGCCCGUCUGGGCUCGCAGUGCCCCGUGCCACCUUCGGCUCUGCCCUGUCCCGUGGGGGCCGGCCGCUGUCAGCAUGGUGGAUGUAUUCAGCGGGCGGCUUCUGGUCAGCAAGGACGGCCGCAGCGUGGACCCCGAGGAAGCUCUGCAGAACAAGGUCGUGGGUUUGUACUUCUCCGCUGGCUGGUGCUCGCCGUGUCGCGACUUCACCCCGGUACUCUGCGACUUCUACACGGAGCUCCUGGAGGAGACCCAGCCCCCCGCCCCUUUCGAGGUCGUCUUCAUUUCUUCCGACCACAGCGCCGAGGAGAUGGCGGGCUACAUGCGCGCCAUGCACGGGAACUGGCUCGCUCUGCCUUUUCACGACCCUUACAAGCAUGAUCUGAAGAAGAAAUACAACAUAACAGCAAUUCCUAAACUGGUGAUUGUGAAACAAACUGGAGAAGUCAUUACUGACAAGGGAAGGAAACAGAUCAGAGACAAAGGGCUAUCCUGUUUCCGGAACUGGCUUGAGGGUGCAGAUAUAUUUCAGAAUUUUUCUAGCUAAAAACUUUGGCAGGUGAAAGCAAGACAAGGCAUCAUGGAAAACUCUGGUGAGCUUUGAAAGAUGUUGUU